UUAGUGUAGGGCUGGCUGUGCAAGCUCCAGCAGACAGGCAAGAACCUGGUACAAGCACUCAGAGAGUCAUGUUACAAAGUUAGAAAGGGGAGAGAAAAGAAACACAUUUCAGAGCACUCGGGGUCCAGGUGAGAGUUUGGGAGGGACUGUGUUUGGAUUCAGAUGUUGGAGAGUAUUUAAGCUGGGAAGAACCAGAAAUCAUGAGGACAGGAAGCGAACACAAGGAGAAGAUGAUGACAGAGUGACGGGAAAUUAUAUGCAGCGAUUGUGGGCUGGACAAUCUAGCAGGAGAUUUGCAUUGCUGAAAUUUUUUGUGUACGGAAGCCAAUCAAGUGUGGAAGUCUGACAAAGGACCAACAGCCAGCUGAGACAGGAAGUGCAGAAGACGGGAUCUCAGGGACAACCACUGUAGUAGUUUUGCUUGAUCCAUUCUACAGGAAAGAUUUGGCCUCGGAUUUUUGAGUUCCUCAAGUAAACUUUUCACAGUCUCAGCCAUGUCAAAGGAAGAAAAAAUGUCUUACACCGAAGCCAUUGAAAAGGCUGGCACCUUAUUAACUCGCUUCCCCCUCAUCCCAGUAAGAGGAAUUCCUCUAAUGAACUACAUCGCCCAGAACUGGGACAACAUCUGGGCUUUUCGUCCUGACCCUUCAGACCUCCUCAUCGCCACCUACCCCAAAGCAGGGACCACAUGGACACAGGAGAUAAUUGACCUGCUUCUUCACAACGGAGAUGCUGAGGCCUGCAAACGAGCCCCCACACCUGUCCGCAGUCCUUUUCUUGAGAUCACCUCCCCACCACCCAUCCCCUCAGGUCUUGAUCUUCUGAAGACUAUGGAUCCACCUAGACUUAUAAAGACACAUCUUCCUAUUCAGCUGGUGCCUCCUGGAUUUUGGGAAAACAAGUGCAAGACUAUCUACGUGGCACGCAAUGCCAAAGACAACCUGGUGAGCUACUUCUACUUUGAUUGUAUGAAUAAGACUCAGCCGGAGCCAGGGCCCUGGGAUGGCUACAUCGACAAGUUCAUGCGAGGAGAGUUGUCAUGGGGCUCCUGGUAUGACCAUGUGAAAGGUUACUGGGCAGAGAGAGAGAAGAAGAAUAUCCUUUAUCUCUUCUAUGAGGACAUGAAGGAGAAUCCUAGACGGGAGGUGGAACGCAUCAUGAGGUACCUGGACUUGUCGCUCUCCGAUGAGGUCAUCAGCAAAAUUGUGGAGCUCACAUCCUUUAAAAAGAUGAAGGACAACCCAAUGGCCAACUACUCAUUCGUCCCAGCACCUGUUUUUGACCACUCUGUCUCUUCCUUCAUGAGAAAAGGUGAAGUAGGUGAUUGGACAAACCAUUUCACCCCUGAGCAAUCAAAGAAGUUCGAUGAAGAUUAUGAAAAACAAAUGAAGGGAGUCAAUAUACCAUUCAGGACCCUCAUCUAACAGAUUUUGGGGUUUCCUACCUGCUGCAGCUCUCAAAACCAAAGAAAGAUGAAGUGACACUGUGCCACAUUCAGAAGGAAGAAAUACUGUAAGAAUAUUGGACAGGAGCUAAAAACCAAAAACAAAUAAAUAAAUA